UUCAGCAACGGAUUAGCAACGAAAUAGUAUUCGGCAACUGACUGCGACGUAUAUAUAAAGGAGACUGGACCUGGAGUGCCAAUCAACAGCCACACACCUUCGGGAACAUAAUACAAUUCUUAUCUCUAUCAAAGGCGUAUCUGAGCAUCUGCAAUGGCUGCCCUCCGCACUGUCGCUGUCCUGCUGGUCGUCAUGCUGUCCCUGGCCGCCGUGAGCGAGUCUCUUGUGCUGUGCCCGAGCUUCCCUGGCUGCUGCCGCUCCAGGAGUUGCCACGCCCUGUGCCCGUCGUGCAGGGAGGCCAGGAACUUCGUGAACGGGGUUCGCAAGAGGCCCAGCGGCCGCGUGCCUAGCAUCAGCUUCAUCGAGGGAGACCCAUUCGCCUUCCCCAACUGCCGACAUCUUCCCCAACCCGCUGAUCUUCAUCUAAGCUUGGACUCGGCUUCGGGUUUUGAUGAUUCGCAGGCGGAAAGGUCGGCUCUCGCGGGAGGGACCGUUUCGCGGCUGCGGCGUCAGCAAAAGCCGAGCUGGGCGACUUGUGGAGGCGCGAGAACUGGCUUUUUGGUUCGGUUUCUCGGUCUCUGUGAGUCGACUUCCCAGUUGGAGAUUAUUUCCUGUGGAUUCUUUCUCUCUUUCAUACCUUCCUCCUUGUUUCCUUAUCGGUACACCUCUGAUUUUAGCCUUUCAAACAUUGCUUCAUACCUUCCUCCUUAUUUCCUCAUCUCAGGAUCAUGGCUUUUAGUCUUUUAGAUGCAUUAGCAUUGGUCCUUUGAAUUCCGAGAAAGAAUCCGUCAAGCCUAGUCAGUGAGGUUCCUCCGGGAACCUCAUCUAGUCCUCAGGGAUCUCGCCAAGGGGUCCGAAGCCAAAGAUGUCGCGGCUCUCACCGUCGGGGGAAAGAUAAGAACGCCGAGAGAAGAGUCUGCCAGACUGUCUCACGGAUGGAUGUCAUGCUCAGUGCCAUGCACAUUCAUUCAUGCAGGUGAGGUAGUGAGACGCGGAGAGUCGAAAUACCAGAGAGAAAAGUCGUUUCUGCUGUCUCUCUGUUUGACGAUGCCCGUGCUCUGUGCCCUCCUGUCGUGCCAAGAAAACCCAGAAGAAGAAUCUCCGGAUUGUCUCCUGGAUUGCUCCUUUGUUCCCGAAAAUCGUGCUCCUUCCGGUGUCACUCGACAAACAUUGUUGUUAUUUAUGUGUGGAGUGUGAUUUGUGUGUAUGACAAGUGGUCAUACUUGAUAUUUGAAUAUGCGCAUUAUUACCAGUAUUAUCAUCAUUACAUCAAUUCUCAUAAACAUAUUUUGACCGGUCAAAUGAUAAAA